UGUUAGCUUGCCCUGACAAUGUUAGCAACCGAUGCAUCUCCUCACAGUGAAAAAUCACCCUAUACAGCAGACGUCACCCGCCUUUACUUAGAUGCGUCGAUGAGAACUACGGCAUGCGAAUAGCAGGCGAACAAACGAGGCCUGCGAUCCAACUUCUGAGUCCUGCGUCUCUAGAAAGCCUUUCACGGAGCUAACUUAGCAUUAGCCUCAACAACAACAACAAAACAACGCACGAGACGAGUUGUCUGAAGAGUCACUGAGGAAUUCACCAUCUAGAUCGAAAGAGAACGUAAACACAUGACUCACACGUCGCCGUGUCCGGUUGUUUUAGGCAACAAUGAUUGUUUUCUUGAGUGUUUUCGGAGCGUUGAGGAGAUGAAUACUAAAGAUGGCCGAGUGUGCGGCGUGAUGAUGCCGCUGUGAGGGGGAAACUUGAUCGCGCAGCAGCGCCCCCUGCUGCCAAGAGCGCGAGAUGAACCAACUAUGCACCAUCCAAAAGCGUUUUUUUUAUAUUAACCAGUCGCGACGAUCUGAAAACAGAAUGACAAUUGUUUAAUUUUAUGUUUUAGUGUGUGUUGUUGUGUCAUCUGAAAGAUUGAAUUCUCAGCCGGAUUCCCAGGUCUGUCCUCUCAAUGACCGAUAUCUUCCAAGUUCUUCCAAAGUUCCAAGGCAAGGAGAGGUCUUUCAAGGUCUGUCAACUCUAACCAGGGAACCGCUCGGAGUCAGGUGUUUGGAGUCAAUCAAGUGGCUGCUCGAGGAACCGACCCCGGGGCUUCCACUCCGCUCCUCAGGGGGGCGCUGUGUGGCCAAACAGUGACGCCCUCUCCGAGCGUCGUGACGUAGGCAGGAACGACAAAUCACCGGUGCGUGUUCCCCUGAAACAGAAAUGGGCAGCUUCGAUCGCGCUCCGAGAAUCACACCUUUAGUGCUGCUCAUAGCGUGUAUGACAGGCCAGUCAGUCGGGACCGAGUUAAGCUUCGUGACAUGCGGAUCAGUCGUCAAACUUGUGAAUAUAAAGCACAACGUGAGGCUUCACUCGCAUGAAGUUCGCUACGGCUCCGGAAGUGGCCAGCAGUCAGUCACAGGCGUCACGGCCGUGGAGGACAGCAACAGCUACUGGAGUGUUCGCGGCACCAGUGACUCCUCCUGUGUCCGAGGAGCCGCCGUCAAGUGCGGUCAGGCCAUCCGCCUCACCCACGUCAACACGGGCCGGAAUCUGCACAGCCACUACUUCGCCUCUCCGCUCUCCUCCAACCAGGAGGUGAGUGCGUUUGGAGAAGAGGGCGAGGGCGACCACCUGGACGAGUGGACGGUCCAGUGCGGAGGGUCGGUGUGGAAGCGUGAGGAGGCGGUGCGCUUCCGUCACCGGGCCACCGACGCUCUGCUGGCGGUGACCGGGGAGCAGUACGGGCGACCCAUUCAAGGUCAGUGGGAGGUUCACGCCAUGCUGAACCCCAGCCAGCACAGCCUGUGGAAGACCAUGGAGGGCGUCUUCCUGAAGCCCAGCGAGAGUUCCUCAGCACACCCCGACUCCAGUUACAAGCACAGCGAGUUCUGAGCAGCCCUGCCUUAGUCUCUCACCAGCAGCACCAGCCGGUGGACUUCCUGUCCCGCUCCAGUAGUGACACUUGGCAACAACGAACACGUCCGUGUAAGGAGAUUCAAGUAGACUCUCUGCAGAGGGUGACGCCAGUGUCUCUCAGGGCUCAGACUGAACUGCUGCAGUCACACAGAGCGAGUCCUGAAAUACUGUGUCUGUCCGUGCUGGAGACAUCAGGCCCUGAGGAAGAGAGAAGCUGACCCCGUGUGAAGCUCCAUGAUCAAGCGUCUGCUGCCUCUCUUCACUCUCAUUGAAAAACCAUACCUCAUUAAAAGAGCCCUCUGCUGCAGCACGCCGCCCUGGUCCGGACUCUGGUUCUAGUGUGAUGUUUUUACUCACUGAUGCUGUGUUUUCACCGACGAUCAGCUUUUGAUGAUCCGGCCACAGCAGAAGAGCCACGCAGCAACAUGUGUGUGUGUGUCCUUCUGUUGAUGGAGCUGGUGUUUACAAUGACGGAAAAGAAAAACAAUGAGUCCCUGUGAUUGAAAGCUGAAAAAGAAGUAUGGUUGGAGUCGACGUCGCAGCUUGGACCCGGACAAACCUGCGAGCAAAGCCAGACGGGUGGGACCAGGUGCUUCGUUUCCUGGAUCUUGGUUAGAGCCUCUGUCUAGCUGCAGACUCAUUCAACACAGCACUAACAGGCUGCUAACACCUCCCACUCAAGACCCUCCUCUUGAGCCUGAUCUCCUCGUUGGAGGCGCAGCAGGUGAAGUUAGCCGACGAGGCUGGAGCCCAGAAGGUCCUUGCAGGUCGUAGCUUCCAUCUUACCAGAUGAGUGGAGAAUGAAGAGCCGCACAGGCGCUUCUAUAAAAAACCAAACUUUAUUGCAUAAACAUAUGGUUAUAGAUACUCAGAUGUAUUUAUUAUAAUGUAUUAUAUUCAACAGAAAAAAAGUAUAUUUGCAUUUUAAAUACUGCUUCCGUUGGUAACUAUUGCUGUUUCUCAGCAGCAUGUCCUCCCUCCACCUACAGUCAGAGUUAAAAACAAACAAACUUAAAAAAUAGUGUUAGAUGUUCGACUGGAUAGAAACCAGGGCUCCCCACAGCCGCGCGUGAGGAACCGCACCCGCUGCGGUCAUGGGGAUCAUGUGAGCUCGGAUUUGCAUAUUUAUGAGAAUGCCCUCCCGUUGGAUUCGUCGCUGGUAUAAACUAGAAAAAUGGCUGGCGCAGUAGAAAGUGGAGCCUCAGACGCGUGACCUUAGAAGGGACGGCAACAGUGACGAAGACUUCCUCCUCCGCGAGAGAGAGAGAGAGUCGGAACAUGCACGCGGAUUUACAGGUUUGUACAUCUUCGCUGUUUCUACAUCCAGGUCUGCUGUCCUCCAGUCGACCUUCACUGGUUCCACGGUUUGAUGGUGGCACCCCAGACGGAGGGAGGGGGUGCUGAGCUUGUGAGGACCUCGGUUCAGCACACACGUCUGAGCCUCCAGCAGGUGGCUCGCCACUCGCCAACCUCGACUGCUUUGCUACUUGGUGUGUGUGACUCGGUUGAGUUUGACCUCAGCAGUGAGGCGUCUAGAACUGUGAUUGUUAACGAUAGGCCCGGGGCCCAUGGUAAGACGCUCAGUUCAAACCCAUGAGCCACGUAUGGUGGCAGUAGUGAGUCAGUGAAGUGACUUGACAGCUGCACAUCUGUGAUAGUCACCAACUAUGGAGAAGUUCUUGGAAAGAAACGACGAUAAAGAAAGUGGUGGCGCCCCCUACAGUACACACUGUUCACCUGUUGGAGCAGGUUUGAAAAUGAAUUGGAUGGCAAAACUUUCAUUUACACUUUAUUCCUUAUUUGGAGUUUAAAUAAAAUAUAUUAUUUUAACUUUAUGAUAUUUAGACAUGCUUUUACUAUAAGUAUUUUAUUCAGAAUUAUAUUCAGUUUUUCCAAUAUUCGCAACGGUUUGUGCCAAGUAUUUUUUCUUUUUUUCUUUCGUAAAUUUGAUGAACAUGACUUGCAGCUGCUUCUGCUGCCGGUUGGACUUUUCCAUGACAAAUAUCUUUGCAAUGAUCUGAUGGUUUCAUGUCAUUUCACAAGGUUUUGGUUUUUUUUUUAUGUGUAAGACGAUUAAAUAUGGACAGCGCUCCUCUCCACAGUUCAGAGUAGGAACAUAGAUCUUUGUGAGUUCUGCCCUUUGGCUCAGCUCUUUCCCACCACACUGUCCUGCUCCAUUGCCGACCUCCUCUGACUGGUGAACCAGACCAACCUGUACUGCCCUCUUCAACUGGCCACCAUGAAAGGAGCUGGUCCCCAUCCUGGGCCACUUGACUUGAUGCCAGGACUACAUUUAUCAAACGCUGCGAAGCCAUGACGCCAACAGACGCUCAUCGUGUCCAACAGAGCUGUGAGG